AUGAAGGAUCAGAACUGUCCCGCACCGUUUGAUUCAAGAUUUCCCGCCAUCAACCAGACAAGGUACUGCUAUGUAAGUUUCCUAGACUAUCAUCGAUGCGCUAAGAAGCGAGGCGCGGAUUACGAAGCCUGCCAAUAUUAUAAAUCGUGUUAUGAAACAUUAUGCCCAAAUGAUUGGAUAGAAAAAUGGACGAAUCAAAUAGAGAAAGGCAUCUUUGCCGGUUAUAUAUAGAAACUUUAGUCAAUCAAAAAUU